AUGUCAUGGUCAAUCGCGACUCUUUUGUUACUUUGCUCAGCUGCUUUUCGGCUCAUGUUCAUCUCGUCAUCAGAGUUCAAUACACCUUCCGGGUACGUGCAGUUUUAUAAGUUCAAUCCUAAUUCAAAUCAGACGAAGCAGAAAAAUGGCUUUUGCGCUGAUUUCUUUCUGGAGAAGGCUCGUGAAGAAGCAGGUCAGAUGAAUAAGACCACCAAAAAAAGAUUCGAAACUUAUUUAUCCAUUGAACUUUCUAGAAAUCAGAAGUCUGGACGUUUUUGUAUUUCCUUUGAGCUCUGGAUCUACGUGUGGAGAAACGCAUAA